AUUCACUUAAAGUACCCACAUGCAGCGAUACCAGUGAGGCUUUAAUGUAUAGAAGAUGCGUUUAGAAAGAAGACGUUAACGCGAGGUUAAUACGGGCAACGUGCGGAAGUAACACAGGUUACGUUUGUUGCGACGGUGUUUAAGCUAGUCGAAAUGAAGUAAAUGUAAGAGUAACCGCUGGGUACAUCCGAACAGACUUUUUCUCAAUUCAUCUGUAGUUUUAUUUAUCGGUAUUUCAUGGCUUCAGAAGAUACCACAAUGCAAAGCGACAAAUCCGAGUCAAGUGGACCGAAGGGCGCCUCGAGUCCGAGCUCAGGCGAAACCGAGAAGACCGACCUGAGCCAUGCAGAGCUAGAAACUACCCAACAACCCAAGGGGAUAAGUGCAGUCGCGGUGCUGUGGACGUUUGGGAAAUGUCUGGGAGCCUUGCUUCCCGUCUACCUGGCCGGUUACUACCGUGUCAGCACCAGCCUCUUGGUGUUCGGGAUGAUGGUCUAUACGGGAUGGAAACAUGCCCGAGAAGCAAAGGAGGCACGGCUGAAGUCAGCCAUUCAGCUGCUCAGCAACGAAGAGGAGUACACGUCCAUGAAAGUGUCCAAAAUCAAGCGAGACCUCCCUGCAUGGAUAAACUUUCCAGAUGUUGAGAAGGUUGAAUGGCUGAAUAAGGUGCUGCAGCAGGUGUGGCCCUUUGUUGGCCAGUACCUUGAGAAGUUGCUGGUGGAAACCAUCGCUCCAUCUAUCCGAGCAUCAAGCUCCCACCUCCAGACCCUCAACUUCACCAAAGUGGACAUGGGAGACAAGGCCAUGAAGGUUGUAGGGAUCAAGGCACACACAGAGAAUGACAAGGGACAAGUCCUGCUAGAUCUGUAUAUCAGCUAUGUGGGCAAUGUGGAGAUCAAUGUUGAGGUGAAAAGAUACUUCUGCAAAGCCGGAGUCAAAGGAAUACAGCUACAUGGGAUGAUGCGAGUGAUUCUGGAGCCUCUGAUUGGAGAUGUGCCCAUAGUGGGUGCUGUUACCAUGUUUUUCAUCCGACGACCCAAACUAGAUAUCAACUGGACUGGAUUGACUAAUUUGUUGGAUAUCCCUGGACUGAAUGUUAUGUCUGACAGCAUGAUUAUGGAUGCCAUUGCCUCUUUCUUGGUGCUGCCCAACCGCCUAGUUGUCCCCCUGGUUCCAGGUCUGCAUGUGGCCCAACUUCGCUCUCCUUUGCCCAGGGGUGUGGUACGCAUCCACCUUCUAGAGGCACAGAGUCUAGCAGCAAAGGACAACUAUGUGAAAGGUGUUAUGGCUGGCUUGUCUGACCCUUAUGCCAUAUUGAGGGUGGGUCCUCAGACUUUUACCUCCCAACACAUUGACAACACAGACUCACCAAAGUGGGGAGAGAUGUAUGAGGUUAUAGUCCAUGAAGUGCCUGGUCAGGAAUUGGAGGUGGAGGUAUAUGACAAAGACACAGACCAGGAUGAUUUCCUGGGCAGGACCAAACUGGAUUUGGGCAUUGUGAAGAAAUCCAUAGCUGUCGAUGAUUGGUUCACUUUGAAAGACACUCAGUCAGGACGGGUUCAUCUCAAACUGGAGUGGUUGGCCUUGCUGCAGAGCACUGAUCAACUAGAGCAGAUCAUAAAGAGGAAUGACAGUGUGACUAGCAAGAAUGCUGAUCCACCCUCUUCAGCCAUCUUGGUUGUAUAUCUGGACAAGGCUGAGGCUCUUCCUAUGAAGAAGGGAAAUAAAGAGCCCAAUCCCAUGGUGCAGUUGUCUGUGCAGGACGUCACUAGAGAGAGCAAGACAUGUUACACGACCAUCAAUCCAGAGUGGGAAGAAGCUUUUACCUUCUUUAUCCAGGAUCCACGCAAACAGGACAUAGACAUUCAGGUGAAGGAUGCCGACCGUGUGCAGACGUUGGGCAGUCUGACUAUCCCUUUGUCCCGUCUGCUGUCCAAUUCUAACCUUUCUCUGGACCAGUGGUUCCAGUUGGACAAGUCUGGAACAGCUAGUCGCAUCUAUAUCAACGCAGUGCUCAGGGUCCUGUGGUUAGAUGAGGAAAAUAUUUCAGCUGAUGUGUCAUCUAAUCUGGAGGCUGGACGGUCCAAACAGCUGCCCCAGCAAUCUUCCCCUCAUCCUAGCUUCGCUACAGAGGGAUUGCUCAGAAUCCACCUAUUGGCAGGGCAAAAUCUUGUUCCUAAAGACAACCUUAUGGGGGGCAUGGUGAAAGGCAAGAGUGACCCCUUUGUCAAGAUCAACAUCGGGGGUGAAACAUUCACAAGUCACGUUAUUAAGAGUAAUCUUAACCCCACCUGGAAUGAGAUGUAUGAGGUAAUUCUAACACAGUUACCUGGUCAGGACCUGCAAAUGGAGGUUCUUGAUAAAGAUAUGGACAUGAAGGAUGAUUUCAUGGGCAGGCUGAAGAUCAGUCUUAAGGACAUCCUUGAUUCCCAGUACACUGAUCAGUGGUACACUCUCAAUGAUGUGAAGUCUGGUCGAGUUCACUUGGCACUGGAAUGGGUUCCAACAGCUUCGGAGUCAGACAGAUUGGACCAGGUUCUUCAGUUCUACUCCAAACAGUCCUACCAGAACAAGGCAGUUUCCUCAGCAGGCCUACUGUUUGUCUACAUCGAGCGGGCUGACGGGUUACCAGUGAAGAAGAGUGGAAAAGAGCCAAAAGUGGGAGCAGAGAUCACUCUUGGAAACUUGUCCCGAAAAACUACAGUGUGUGAUCGCACAACAUCACCUCAGUGGAACGAGGCAUUCUGCUUCCUGGUUCGUGACCCCAGAGAGGAUAUGCUUGUCAUUAAGUUAUCCCAUAGCUGGACCUUGCCCAUUGGUUCCUUGGUGGUUCCUAUCAGAGAGCUGCUCUCUGAACCAGAGCUGGUCCUGGAUCAGUGGUUCCAUCUGGAUGGAGCCUCACCUGAGAGUCAGAUUCUUAUGAGGGCUGAACUCAAGAUGCUGAUCCCUAGCAAAUGUCCUGGUGCCACUGACAAGGCGAAGGUCAAAUCAGCAUCAGACCCUAUCCCUGAGCGGCAACAACACGAGGCAGAGCCAAUGCUGAAAUCAAGUUCAGUGGACGCUCCACCUGUGGAGACUCUUGUCUCCCCAGUGACAUUGGAUGAUGCUGAUGUACAAGAAGUGGAAGCUGAUGUGAUUGAAGAGAAGGUGGAAGAAUCACCAAGCCCAGCGAUAGCACAACCUCUGCAUACUUCACCAGACAUCAGCUUUGCCAGUGAGGGGCUGCUGAAAAUCAUCCUGAUGGAGGCUCAGAAUCUGGUUGCCAAAGAUAACCUGAUGGGCGGUAUGGUGAAAGGCAAAAGUGACCCCUAUGCCAAAAUAAAUGUUGGAGAGGUCUCAUUUAAGAGCAACGUGGUCAAGGAGAAUCUCAACCCAGUCUGGAAUGAGAUCUAUCAGGUAGUGCUGAGGCCUCAGUCAGGACAGGAGAUGCAAGUAGAGCUGUAUGAUAAAGACAUGGAUAAGGAUGACUUCCUGGGCAGAUACAAAAUCAGUGUGGCAGACAUUAUCCAUUCCCAGUACAUAGACCAGUGGUUCACACUGAAUGAUGUCAAGUCUGGUCGUGUUCGUCUGAUCCUGGAGUGGGUCCCGGCAGUGUCCCAUAAUGACACACUGGACCAAGUGAUGCAGCUGCAGUCUCUUCAGUCUUACAACAACAAGACCAUUCCCUCUGCAGCCCUGCUCUUUGUUUAUGUGGACAGAGCACACUCAUUGCCUUUUAAGAAAAGUGGAAAGGAGCCAAAGGCUGGGGCAGAGCUGGUCUUUGGUAACACAACCUACAGAACCAAGGUGUGUGAUCGCUCUAGAUCACCUCAGUGGAACGAGACCUUCUAUUUCUUGGUGCGCGACCCUGCUGAAGAGAUGCUCAUUGUGAAGUUGUCCAGUGCAUGGGACCAGCCGAUGGGAUCUGUGGUGGUUCCUGUGAGAGAGUUGCUGUCAGAACCACAGCUAGUCCUGGACCAGUGGAUGCCUCUGGAUGGAGCCUUACCUGAGAGUAAGAUCCUACUGAGGACUGAACUCAAGAUCCUGAGCUCAAGGAUGACUGAAGCACCACAGCCUUCUGUGGCUGGUUCAAAGAAAGAGAAGACAGUCGCCACCAGUGAACAGACAUUCAAAGCAGUUAGUGAUACGGACAAAAUCUCUGAGCAACUAUCUGUUGAGUCUGUUGCAGCAUCCAGCCAGCUGAAACACUCUGAAGCAGCAGCACCAGACACUGUGGUCACCACAGAAAGGACGGAACCUGCCCAACCAGCUGCCAUUCACACCAAACCAGCUGACAUUCACAUCGAACCAGCUGACAUUCAGACUGCACCUGAUAUAGUCCCUGCUGUUACAAUGGUAGAGGAGCCACCUCCCCCGGAGUCAGACCCAGCAGCUUUAGGGGACUUUGAGCUGCAAAUGCAAACAAAGGGUUCUGGUGUAGACAACCUUGCCCAUGCUACACUGAGUGGUCUUCCUGCUGAAACCCUGAAGCCUGAAAUUGGUGAAGUUCUUCCACCACACACUAGCCCCAGCCUGGACUUUGGCUCUGAGGGGGUGCUGAGGAUUCAUCUACUGGAGGCCCAGAGUCUGGUUGCAAAGGAUAACCUGAUGGGAGGCAUGGUGAAGGGCAAGAGUGACCCUUAUGUCAAGAUCAACAUUGAGGGGGUUUCAUUCAAGAGUCACGUCAUCAAGGAAAAUCUCAACCCGACAUGGAAUGAGAUGUAUGAGGUGGUUUUGAGUGGGCACAGUGACCAGGAGAUCCAGUUUGAAGCAUUCGAUAAGGAUUUAGAUUCUGAUGACUUCCUGGGCAGAUUCAGUAUUAAGCUAAAUGAGGUCAUCAGAGCCCAGUACACAGAUCAGUGGUACACUCUGAAAGAUGUCAAGUCUGGGCGGGUUCACUUGAUACUGGAAUGGGUUCCUGCUGUUCCUCAUUCAGUCAGGCUUGACCAGAUACUGCAGCUUCAAUCUCUCCAGUCUUAUCAGAACAAAGCUGUUCCUUCUGCAGCUCUGCUCUUUGUCCAUGUGGAGAGAGCACACUCAUUGCCUUUGAAGAAGAGUGGAAAGGAACCCAAAGCAGGAGCUGAGCUUGUUCUUGGUGAAACAAGCUACAAAACCAAACUGUGUGACCGUAGCACCAAUCCACAGUGGAGUGAGUCCUUCUAUUUCCUGGUCCGUGACCCUAAACACCAGAUGCUUGUGGUGAAGUUGUCCAGUGGAUGGGAUCAGCCAAUGGGAUCUCUGGUGGUGUCAGUCAAGGAGCUGCUCACAGAGCAACAGCUGGUCCUGGACCAGUGGUUUGAUCUGGAUGGAGCAUCACCUGAGAGUCAGAUCCUGCUAAGGGCUGAACUCAGGAUUCUUGACACCAAAAUGGUGGAGAUGAUCAGUUCAGGGACACUGCCUUGUGCUGCCUCUGAAUCCGGAAAUGGGCAGGUGAAGUUGUCUCUCUCAUAUGACUCAAAGGAGAGCAAGUUCAUUGUCAGCGUCCAUUCCUGCAGAGGUCUGUUGUCUCAAAGUAAGGACGGCGCAGACAGCUAUGUCUCCCUCAUGCUGCUGCCAGACAAAAGCAAGGCCACCAAAAGGAAGACAGCUGUGAAGAAACGAGACCAUAGCCCAGAUUUUAAUGAGAAGUUUGAGUAUGAUCUGCCUGUGGAGGAGACAAGAUUAAGACGCCUCAGUGUAUCCGUGAAGAAUAACUCAGCCUCGUUUAGGAGCCGUGAUGUCAUUGGACAGGUGCAGAUUGAGUUGGCUGAGGUUGACCUGAUAUCUGGUGUCACUAAAUGGUUCAUUCUGACAGAUGAAGUCGAAUAACGAGUCUGCUCGCGGAAGUCACUGUGCCAUCGCCACAGUUCACACCGAUGCCUUCUCCCUCCCACUUUACGUAUAGUACCACUGUGGCACCUUUACCUGCAUCCACCCAGCUCUGUGUAUUAAUAUAUAGUAUAGAACUGGACUGCACUACACACACAUCAAUGCUCACCAAAGAUACGUCAGCUGAAGUCGGAUAAAGGAUAAAAUGCAAGUUAGUAUUGAAUGAAGGUUACUUUAAUACAUGAAGAGAUUACAGUUUUAGGAUUGAGUGGUGGAAGGUGAAAAACACAGAAAGAGCUGCGUCACAUUCUGUUGCUUUGUUUGCUUUUUGUUGCUACAAGAAUGUUUUAAACGUGCAGUAACAUUUUAGUAUCAUCUAUUGCUCAGAAAUGCUUAUGCCAUAUCAGUAUUUUGAAUCUGUUGUAUGACAAGCUUAUAUUGGAGUUAUUUUUAAUCCAGAGCACCUUGCUUGUUUGUGUUUGACAUUGCUUUUGAAAAUCAUUUUUAUAAGAUUUUUUUCUACAAGACACAUAUUUGUUACAACUACGUCACAGUUAAAUCAUGGUUUGUUUGAUUUUUUGUAUAUUUGCAAAGGUUAUGAUCAGAUCAGAUGCUUUGUUGAAAGAUGGAAACAAAAAUAAACUGAUUUUG